AUGGAUCGCUCCUUUCACCCCUCUGGCCGGAGUGAGAUGACAAAUGGAGGGGGGCACCCCCAGUUCAACCACGGAGGCCAGGCCGGGGGGUCCCACAGCACCACACGCUACAUGCUGAAGAAACAGCACCGCCACAGACACAGGUCCUCCUCACCGAUGGGCAGGGUCAUCCUCAUCAACACACCUGUUGAUGGAGGUGAUGACUGUGAAGACAUUCACACAGUGACAGUCGACAAGAGUCCAGAUGGGCGUCUGGGUUUCAGUGUCCGCGGGGGCUCUGAACAUGGACUCGGUAUAUUUGUCAGCAAGGUGGAAGACGACAGCUCUGCAGCGCAGGCCGGGCUGACUGUGGGCGAUAAGCUGGUGGAGGUGAAUGGGGUCAGCCUGGAGAGCAUCACCAUGAGCAGUGCUGUGAAGGUUCUGACGGGCAACAACAGGCUGCGGAUGGUGGUGAGACGCGUGGGCAAGAUCCCCGGCAUCCGCUUCUCCAAGGAGAAGACCACAUGGGUGGAUUUGAUUCACCGGCGGAUGGUGGUGGAGGAGAGCGGUCGAACACCGUCAGAGGCCAGUUCAGACAGCGCUCUCCGCAGGAUCGUACAUCUCUUCACCACGUCAGACGACUACUGUUUGGGCUUCAACAUUAGAGGAGGCAAAGAGUUCGGACUGGGAAUUUAUGUUUCUAAGUUGGACCCGGGCGGGCUCGCAGAACGGCAUGGCAUCAAGAUGGGCGAUCAAAUCCUCGCAGCCAACGGGAUCAGCUUUGAUGACAUCACCCACAGUAAUGCAGUCGAGGUCCUGAAGAGCCACACUCAUGUCAUGUUGACCAUCAGGGAAGCUGGCAGAUACCCUGCAUACAAGGAGAUGGUGGCAGAAUAUGGCUGGCUCGACAAAUUGGGCAAUGGGGGCCUCGCACCAUCCUCCCAGGGUUCAGACUCCAACUCCUCUGCCUCCUCGAUGUCCAGCACCCCACUCAGCUCCCUCAGUGGUCUCUCCCAGGUUCUUUUCCCUCCUCUCUUUGGCACCGAGAUGGUAGACGUCGCCAUCUCCACAGAGGAUCGCUCCCGACGCCAAAGCAGAGCAGAGCGAACUGCUGACAGCUCCAUGCAGACCGACCCCCAACCCCCAAAUCAGCCAGACCAACCCUUGACUAAUGGGUCGUACCCCGACAGGCUGGUCGCCACAGAAACUAGCCGGACUGUAGGUGCCACAGUGCUGCUGAAGGACACAGUCGUACGAGGGAAAGGGGAAGGCCCGAGGGAAAAGGGAGGACCUGGAGAAGGAGGGCGAGGACGUACAAGGACGCUGUCAUCUGGGGACCGAGAAGUAGAGAAACACUCACCUAAGACAGCAGCGCUGAUGGCCCUGAGCAGACCACGGAAGCCAAUCAGACGUUCCCAGAGCCACAUCACUGUGUCAGAGGACAAACAGAAAAAGAAGAGACAACAGAAGGAGAAGAGCUCUGGAGAGGGUAAAACCAGCCUGCAGCGAUCUAAAACCUUUGUCAACCUGUUCUUCAAGAAAGAGCGUAAAGAUAAAAGCCGCUCCAAGUCACCAUCUCACCAUGCCGACAAAGAUAAGGAGCGGGGUCGUCCCUUCCAGCUCUUGACCUCCCCUAGGGAAUCCCGUGCUGGGGUUAAAGACAGCAGCCUGCUGCCCCGACCAGAGACCCUGCAGCACGUGGAGGACAUGGCAAGGAAGCUGCUCAGCCAGGAUGAGGUGGCUGCUGUGAUGAGACACUGUCGGCGGUUUUUGUCCGACAUUGUAAUCGAGGAAUUAGUGCGCCCCCUUUUGGCAAUCUUGGACAGGCCGGAGAAACUGUUACUUCUCAGAGAAAUAAGGAUGCUGAUACCUACUACUGAGCUGGGUCAGUUUGACAGCAUGGUCAUGCCCUUUGAGCUGGAGGCGUACGAAAUCCUCAAGAGUCGCUCUGUUCGUUCUCCAGCUCUGCGGUCGCCUCGCAGUGGAACCCCUCGACGUCACCUCAUCACCCCAAUCCCAGACUACAGGGGUGGGUUCCACCUCCAGCCGGUCCAGGACAAACUGCGGGAGUGUCAGCUGGUUGAGGAGUUCGAGAGAUUACGUUUGUCCAGCCAACAGUCAGGCCAUCUGCCUCCAUCUCGUACCUUCACCCCUCUUCUGGAUGUACCAGUGGACAACUAUGUCUCUUCCAAUGGGCGCUCCCGUUCCCUGAGCCCCUCACCCACCCACAGCUUCCUCCUCAGGGAAUCACCUCACAGCUCUCAACAUGUGCGCCAAACCCAUCGCUCCACAAACAGAAGGGAAAACGGGACAUCGCAGUAUGAUGAGGUCUCCUUGUUGUCAGUGUCCGACCGAGGAGAUGCAGCUCCUGAACGGGGGAGGUCGCCUGUGAGGAACGGUCAUGGGAGAGCGAUGAGGGAGUGGAGUCCUGACAGCGUAGAUGGCAUACGGUGCAGGCAGGAGGGCUACACAGAGGUCAGCGUACGCGUGCCUCCACAGCGUCGAGGAAGAACCCCUCUGGAUGAUGUGUUUGAGGCCCAGAGAGACAAGAGUCCAUCCACAGGCAGAGAGAGCAGUCAGCAGCUAAAUGGACAUUCACAAAAUGGUGUGAAAAGAAGAGCAUCUGAGGAGUAUGAAUUCAAAACUUUGACCAUCUCUAAGGCCAAGCAGUCACUGGGUAUUAGUAUCUCUGGAGGUAUGGAGUCUAGAGUCCAGCCCAUGAUAAAGAUUGAGAAAAUCUUUCCAGGAGGAGCUGCAUCUAUGAAUGAGACUCUCAAGGCAGGGUAUGAGCUGUUGUCUGUGGACGGCGAGAGUCUGCAGGGAGUGACUCAUCAGCACGCGGUGGACGUGAUUCGCAGAGCGUUCAGCAACAAGGCCAAAGACCCCAUGGUUUUUGUGGUCAAGGUCUCCAAGGUCCCUACCACCCCCACAAGCCCCAGGAGACCAGCAGACUAA